UUGUCUCCAUUCUUCAUCAUGCUUCUUCACUUCAUUAGAAUGGCAAAACCAAAAGUCCCACACUCUCUCUUCUUUAAAUACAUACACUCUUUAGUCUUUACCAACUUCACAUCAUCUUAACAUAACUGAGUAAAACAAAAACAAUCCAAUGAACUCGCGAAGUCACAACCGCAACCCCAUGCACCCGAUCCCCACGUCGGACCAAACCCUCCACAACGUGACCUUCCACUCUGACACCAUCCUCACCCUCCUUACCUCAAGCCCCUCCGCUGUUGACAGCUGGCUCUCCGACAUCCUCCGCCGCCACCGCCGCCGCAAGAACCUCCUGGUGGGCCUUGACAUCGAGUGGCGGCCCAACAACAGGCGCGACAUGAACAACCCUGUUGCCACCCUCCAACUCUGCGUGGGGCGUCGCUGCCUCGUGUUCCAAAUCCUCCACGCGCCGUUCAUUCCACAUUCCCUUGUCUCGUUCCUCGGUAACUCCAACAACACGUUCGUUGGAGUAGGGAUCGAAGGCGACGUGCAGAAGCUUCUAGAAGAUUGUUCUCUCCAAGUGGCCAACUUCCUUGAGCUUCGAUCCCUCGCUGUGGAGAAGUUUGCUGAGCCUGUGUUGAAGGGCGCUGGGCUUAAGACAUUGGGCCUCCGCGUCUUGGGCCUGGAGGUUGACAAGCCCAAGAAGAUUACUAGGAGUAGGUGGGAUAAUUUGUGGCUCACUGCUGAACAGGUGGAGUAUGCUGCUGUUGAUGCAUUUGUAUCUUUUGAGAUUGGACUCCGUUUGAGUUCAAAUAAUUAACGGGGUUUGGUUCUUUUACGACCUUUAAGUAGUAUUAGAGUUGUGAGCAUCUGAAUGUUUUAUGUUAUGUUUCAGAAUUUGAGGCCUUCAUAAUGUUAUGCAGACAAUUAUUAUCUUCAAUUAUGCAUGUUUUGAAAUGUCCUUUGUGUUAUUUUAUAUUUCUAUUUGUAACUUAUAAAGGAAAUAGAUAUGUUUUAA